AUGGGAGAAGUCGCAUCGGAUAUAGAGAUGGCAGACGCUUGCGCUCCAUCCUCGUCCUCGUCAUCAUCAUCUGACCUCUCCCCUCCACCCACGUACAGCUCAGACUACGAGGGACUUUCCCAAAAAGCCAAGAAAGAUUCUCCCAAAGAGGCUAUCGACUCACCCAAGGCGCGGGACGACCCGGGAUCAGAAGCUAUCAACACACAUCUUCCUGGCACAGAUCUACCCAACAUGGCGCGACGUUCAGCGCGCAACUCGAAUAAGCCCAAGCCCGCGACUGCUUCCCCGCCGAAAGUUGUUAAGAGAAAGCAGCCUACCAGAGUGGUGCCCAAGAAGGGGCCAAAAUGGACAACGCAGAAGCUCUUAACGGAUCUCAAGUCGCCGCUUGCCAGCGCGAAUCUGAGAGCGAUGCUCUGCCAGCCAGCGGCGUGGGACAUACUCACCAAGGAGGAACGUGCCGAAAUCGUCAGCCUCUUCCCAGCUGGCACACGUAUCCUCGAUGCCGGCACCGACGAAGCCCGACCGGACUUUGACGCACUCCGCAACAACAACAACUUCCGCCACGAUUGUGCCACGUACGCCGACAACAUCUCCCUGGGCAAGCACGAUCCCGAGUGGCUCGAGCAGGCGUGGGGUGCGCGGGAGCGGCGGCGGGCGGGCGAGUUUGACGACUACGUUACGCAAAAGUUUGAGGAUGAGUGGUCGUGCAAGUUGCCAGAGGGCUUUAAGCCAAACAGAAGUGGCAAUGCACCAGGCCCUGCUGCGCCUGCGGAAGUUGGGAAGGCCCAUGUCGAUCAGAAGGAGGAGAUCGCCAACUCAGCAAAGGGGAAGAGUAUCGACAAGGUCCAAGUGGAGGGAGAGGUCAUCAAACAGGUGAAGGAGACGAAGGCUGCGAUUGAGAACGCCCCGUCGACUACGGAUACGACGGGUGACACUAAUAAGGCAGAGGAGACUGAUGCCAGAGAAGCACCGGGUGUCACACUUGGGUCUCCCUUUCCUGACGACAUAUCAUCAGCGAAGAUUGGCACAGCUACUACCGAGGUCUCCCCCAAAGAGCAGGUGCCAGAAUCCUCGCAGGUGCCGCUUGGGAGCGUUUCUUCUGACGAGUCAUCCUCAAAGAACAAUCAUCAAAAACCAAGCACAGAGACAGAGAAGCAGAAGGGAAAGAAGCAGGCAACCAUGGAAGGAAACUGA